CGAUUUCGUCAGUAUCAACCAUUUCUUUCUGCAAUCUGGUCGUUGCCAACUUCCAAGGAUCCGUGAACACAUCUUGGGACCGGAACCGGAUGUGCCGCUUGUUAUUGUACUUGGGCAGAACUUGUGGCGAAGCCGUUUUCGACAUUUGACAAUGUCGUUAAUUAAUGCAGCAUUAUGAAUCGUUUUUAUUUUGGAUCUUAUUCGACGGAUCGUACGCUUCGAUCUUAUUAGAACUCUAUGUCGGUGAUGCGGUAUUGACUUGCUAGUUACUUAUGUCACAUGCUAGUUGCAUUCGUGACUUUUAUCUGAUGGUGUUUAGCGGGGGCAGCGCGGGUUCGUGGCGUUGAAUCGGCUGGAAUUUCCGAACGAUCGGGACACUACUGCCGCUCCAAACAUGAAUCCAUCGAAGCCAUUUGGAGGAGGUUUCCAAGCUCCGAGCAACGCUAAUCCGAGUUUGUUCCCGUCAUUUGGACAGCAACCCUCCGGCAGCCUGCCUCGCAAUGUGGGCAUUUUCCAAUCGUCAGCGUUCGGUCUGCCAUCGGCCUCCAUAGUACCCGGUAAUAUCAUGUUUGCACAGGGUCCUUCGUUUGGACAGCAAGCAGCGCAAAGCUCGUCGUUCUCCAGCCAGUCUCCAGCUUUAAGCCAACGUCCUGUGGGGGCAAGCAACGCUGGCUUCGGCUGCAAUGCUGGGCCAGCCUUUGGAGCUAUGAGUGGAUCAAGCCAGGGUUCCGCUUUUGGACAGACACCCGCAUUUGGACAGCAGUCUGCAUUUGGUCAGGACCCAAGUUUUGGACAGCUCUCGACAGGUUUUGGACAAAAGCUCCCAGGCUUUGGACAACAGCCUGCAGUAUUUGGAAGCACUCAAAACAGCUCAGGAUCUACUGCUGCUUCAUUAGUGCCACCUCAGCAGAUAAGUUUUGCACACUCUGUUUUUGGACAAGCACCAAGUACCACCGCUGCCGGUAGUGUGUUUGGUACGACUCCGACCCAGAGCAGAGGAUUUGGAUCUGAAUUCAGUUUCAAGCCAGCCAGUGAAGUUCUUUUCAAACCAAUCUACAGUGGCAGUCCUGAACCCAGUCACCCUCAAACCACGCCGCUGUCCACCUUACCUCCUUUUGGUAGCACCACAGAGAAGACGAGUUCCGGCACUGCUGGUAGCAGCAGCAGCACCAUCACUGGCUUCUCUGGGGCAAAAUUGGGAUCAUUGGGCUUUAGUUUCUCUCAGCCUGCUGCUGCUCCAUCCCUUCCGCUCCAAAACAACCCAGUAACAAGCGGCGUCAGUAACAGCGGCCCUUCCAGUGCUCUGCAAUUCACCUUUUCCCAGCCUGCCGCCGCGCCCUCCACUUCCAACACCAAUGCUCCAAUGGGCCAGCCUAAAACACCAUCCACUUUUAGCUUUUCAACCAAACCCCUCCAAGCGCAGACGGCCCAACUCUUUGGUGGAAACGCAAUCAUUCAGCCCUCCGCUUUCAGCGACAAUCAAUCCAAAGCGGAGCCCGGUCAAAGGAGCCAGGGUGGAGACGCCAAUGUAUUUGCGCCGUUUAGAAAAGGCACCAAACGUAAAGAAGAAGACCCGGCAACGAGUGCGCCCAAUGCUGCAGCAGCGCCGCAAGCUAUUGCGGAGGAGGCCGAAACAACGGACUCCUCUUCACCCAGGCAGCCCCCCAAAAGACCUCUCAUGAGAACUCGGCCCACUGCGGGGCUCUUCAGCAGAGCGCUGAGCGGAUUGCGAAAAGCUGCCACCACUUCGGUCCAACAAGAGGGAAAGGAACCUCUGCAGCAGAAAGCCCAGCUGGAGGAGUUGACGAGCCAGCAUCCCCAAGUGACGCGUGAACAUGCGACUCCUAGCACAUCGGCCGUACAAACCAUGAGCACUGAGGUAGUGGAAAAAGCCCAAGAGUCAGACUUGCAAGACCCCCGAGAAGCGAUGGGCGAAAGCAAGACGCCAAGGAGAACUGGCGCGCGGAGCGAGAGCUUGGACGGCGAGAGCUUGGACGGCGAGAGCGGGACGUCUCCCACUGACUGGACCGUCCUUCAGUGCAGGAACAUCCCGGCGGCCCUCAACAAAAAGAACAUCAUUGAGAAGCAUUUCUCUCAAUUUGGCAACGUGAGCAAGCUCCAAUGCCGGCCUUCCAAGGGAUUAGCCAUGGUGCACUUUGAAAGCCACGCAUCUGCAGCCAAGGCAAAGAAGAACGGCAAGCUCCUGCAUCAGCAAGAACUCCUCCUUUUGUGGCAGCGAAAGAAGCAAAGCGCGACUCAAUUCUUAAGUCCAGGGGAUAAAAGCAGAAGAGCCGUGGGGAAAAAAGCAGCGGAGAAGGGCAACGAGGCUGCUCAUUUCAAGGCUUUCAAACGACCCGUACUUGGCGACACCUUUACCCGCAGUAACUCACCGUCGAAGAGGCCAGCGGUAACUCUCCAGCUUGACUCGGAACUUCCGAAGGAGAACGUCACCACGACUCAGCUCUCGGAGUGCCUCGCGCCCCUCAUCGGCGUCACGGCAGAGACGACGGAGGACAAGUACCGGCUUCUAGAGCAGAGGGACAAGAUUUUGCGACAAGGUCGGCCCAAAAGUACGGACAUGGACCUCUCCAAGGUCUUCGUAGGAACGUGUCCUGACAUGUGUCCUGAGAAGGAGAGAUACAUGAGGGAAACAAGAAAUCAGCUCAGCAUAUACGAAGUCCUCCCCAACACAGAGAUGGUGGAUCACGGAGCAGCCAUCAAAGAGUACAGUCGUUCAUCCGCUGACCAGGAGGAGCCCCUUCCUCACGAGUUACGCCCCUUGCCGGUACUCGCCAUGACCAUGGACUAUCUGGUCACUCAGAUCAUGGACCAAGGUCACGACAGCUUGCGGGAUUGGUACGAUUUUGUCUGGAACAGGACCCGGGCUAUCCGAAAGGACAUCACCCAGCAGCGUUUGUGCUGCCCGCACACCGUGUCACUGAUCGAGAAGUGCACACGCUUCCACUUACACUGCGCCCACCAUCUCUGCGAAGAGCCAAUGUCCGUUUUUGAAGUCAAGAUCAACAACGAGAACUUGACAAAGUGCUUGCAAAGCCUGAAAGAGAUGUACGAGGACCUGGAGGGCCGUCACGUCUUGUGCCCCCGCGAGGCUGAGUUCCGCCAGUACAGUGUCCUGUUGAAGCUCAACGACGGCGACAUCCUGCGUGAGGUCCAACAGUUCCGGGACGAAGUGCGCAACUCCCCCGAAGUGCAUUUUGCCGUGCAGGCUUUUGCCGCUCUCAACAGCAACAACUUUGUGCGCUUCUUCAAGCUGGUGAAAAGGGCAUCCUACCUGGCCAGUUGCCUCCUCCACAGAUAUUUCAAUCAGGUCCGAGCAAAGGCAUUGAAGACCUUGAACACUGCUCACACUGUGGGUCCGCGCUCAACUGCUUUUCCUGUGGACGACAUCGUUCGGAUGUUGAUGUUCUGCAGUGCCAAAGAAGCAACCGACUUCAUCCAGAAGUACGGCCUCAAUGUCAGCGAGGGCGUGGUGGAUCUGAAUCGGGUAGCCUAUCAGGAGCCAGAGUUGCUAUCCCAGAAGAAGUCUCAGGUCAUUCAGGCUAAGAAAACAACCUCGACUGGGGAAGUGGUGAAUGGAGGCCCCCUCCCCAAUCCCCCUCAGCACAAACCUGUCUGCACCUUUGACUCUUACAACAAAUACAGAGGAGAAGGCCCCUUGACUGAGUCUGCACCCAAUCCAUUUAAAGGUAUGGUCACAUGGAUCGAUUCUGCUGGAAACCUUUGCCGUCUCGUCAUCGAUUUUGCUUUCGUUCCUUUAGCUAUUGCUGCCAAAGUAGAAGUGAAGGCCCCGCCCAGCAUCCAAUUCCAGACCCAAGUUUCACCUGAUGUCCCCAAUGUUUUUGGGGUGAGAGCAGAGAAGACCGAGUCCAGCCUUUCUUUCCCAAGCGUGGCCCUCCAAGCUGAAGAAGCAGCGCAGCUCCUCCAGCCUGUAGCGCAGCCGCCCGCUGUCAAAGCACCGUCACCUGUACCGGAACCUCAACCAGUGUUCAGCGAUGAGGACAUUACGGCCGAAGUGGAUUGUUUGAUUGACGAAAUGGUUGAGACAUCGGCGAGAGCGGUAGCUGCUGACGGUGCCGCUUAUGCCGCAGCAGCACUUGUUGAGAGCAGUGUGCAGGCAGAGUCCGUACUGAAUGAAGUUUUAGGAGAAGUGCUGCAAGAAUUGUCUUCUCGCGAGAUCCUUCUGGAACAAGAGCGUGUCGCUGAAGAGCAACGCAGGAUUGAGGAAGCAAGACGGAGACAGGAGCUGGAGAACCUUUUGUCCAAGUUCAGGCUCUCUUUGUUCGCAGAGAUCACGCAGGAAGUAUUAGAUGAGACUAUCCAGGAGAUUGCCGCCACUGUCUUCCGUCAAGCAGUGGAUGAGAAAGCACGCUGUGUCGCUCAAUGCUCUCAAGAAGUCUGCACUAGUUUCAUUGAGGACACUUUGAAAGCAGACAUUGCUCUGCUCGUCGAAGAGAUCCUCACGGCUGAGCUGCAGCGCGCUCGCAAGUACAUCAAAAGGUGGCGUGAUGUGGUAGCGGUGCGCCGGCAGCUGAAGAGACAGAUGAGAGGUUUCCCGGCAGCUCCUUGCUUCGUGGACCCUCGCUUCAAAUUGAAGGCGCUGUCUCCGAGCGCUCCGGCGCAGCAGUCUGUUGAGGAUCUGACCCGUGGAAUAGUACACCUGGGAAAUGCAGGAAGGUUAUCUCUAUCCAGCACCAGGGCAUUGAAAAUGAGAUAUUUGGCUGUCCACCAAAUGAGAGUCCACUACUACUAUCAGCAGCUUCUUGAUGAGUUAGUGUGGGCACCACUCGACAUGCCCACGCUGGUGAUGGAAAAUGUCCACAACCCACCUGAAAGAAUCUUCUGGAAAGCUGUUGUCUUACUGCCCAGUGAGCACGAGAGUGUCGCCAGCCUGGCAGACAGGAUUCUGUCCGAUUGGCUCGAAAUGAAGCUUGCUGGCAGCCAGCAAGCUUCAAAGAUGAUGGAGGAACAGCGGGAUGGAACUCUGCAGACCCUCCACCUGUCCAACACAAUCAGGGAGAAGGGGCAUGGUACCCAUGAAGUCCAUGUCAGCAUCAAGGUGUCCAGAGGUCCGUUGUCCGAAGACGGUUUAUCUCAAAUGGAGGAGUGCUGCGAGCUGCAAGGGACAGGAGCACUGAUCAUGUUGCUCCCGGCGCUGACCUUCUCGGAGGACGAUGGUAACGAGCAGGACGUCCCUCUGCUCUCGGCCUUGCUUCAGCUCAAACAGUUGCAGCAAGCCAGCAGCGGGCACUGCCCGCUGCCUCUUGUCAUUCUGGUGCCGGGCCCUGAUCGCAUCACCUGCAACACUGGCAAACUUGAAGAAGAACUGAUGCUGCCUAUGCUCGUAAAGGAUGGCCUCAUAUCAGAGUAUAUCUUGUUGUUCAUCCCAGAAAGCACAAAUGAUAUGCAAGGAACCAAAGAGCUCAGCUGCGCUCUGCGUUGGCUCGUGCCCCGUGCACCUCCACCUAUCCCACUUUGCUGCCGCACCCUGGUGCAACUCGUGGAGGACAACUUGAGUCAGGAGUUCAGCGGUAGGGUUUCUGCUCACUGCCGGCAACGUGCCGCUGCCGGCCUCCCGCCGCCGGAUCCCGCUCCCGUCAUCCAGCUAUACAACGGCGUCAUAAGCCACAUUGCCGCCGCGGUGUCGUCGGAGGAGCUCUCCAAGAUCUGGUGGCCGCCAGGAGAAUUCUGUAACCCUGACAACGGCCGGUUUGUUCCAAAUCUGGGCUGGAACUCUGGCUCGCACUUGGCCUGGUUGCGUCAAGCCGUCCUCAACUUGCAGCUCCCACAAUGGAGGCAAGAACUUUCAAACUCAGACACUUGGUCCGAGCUGUGCUCCUCCAUCUAUGGCUACGCCGAUCAGAUCCAAGCGACGCAUGGCAGUCGGCCCCUCAUCAUGUCACGUCUGGAAAAUCUCCUGGAGCGGGUCAGAAUCAAAAGCCAGCGCAGGAGAAUUUCUGCUUCUAAGCAGAGCUUCAACUUUUGGGAUGGGACACACGACGCAGAUCCGGCCUAUAGUCAGAUCCCUUGGGUUGACGUGCUGGUCAUCUGCAUUGACCACAAACUGAGAGACUGGCAGCUUCCUGAACCUGUCUGUGAAGACGCUAUCACAGAUGAUGGGGAAAUCCUGGUUUACUAUCUGAGGGAGUCAUUAAAGGGCUUCCAGCCACCCGAGGAAUGGAUCGAGUCGGUCCGAAUGACGCACAGGGAAAAACAGCGAGACGACAAUGGGACAAGUUCAGCUACCUGUACUACACCCAACCAGCUGACAGUUCGGCAUCGAUUGUUCCCGAGCGUUCUGGAAGCCCCUCUGGACGUCUCACACACCCCCACAGCACUAGAGGCGCUUACCCACAAGGUGUUCCAGACGUUGGAGGAAGAGAAGACUGAAAGCAGAAGGAGCACGCAGCAGCUCCAGCGUUGGCUAGAUGGUGGUGACUGUGUGGACGACUGGGCCACACCACUCCUCAUUCCGUCUUCCAUCCUGCUCUCCAUGCCUGCUUUUGUAAAGCGCGACUCCUCGGCCAAGCCUUCGGAUGCUCCUUUCACCAAGGAAGCGCCGAGUCUCGAGCCGGUGCCGAAAGACAAGCGGAGUCGUUUGCCGCUGACCGAGCGACUGAGAGAGCUUCGGCAGCAGAUUGAAGCAAGCCAAAGGGAAGACUCGCUCUGCAAACUGAAACUGAGUGCAAUGAUGAGCAUUGUGGAAGACUGAGCCAAGUUCUGAACCUUUUCUAUUCUUCAUGUAUACAGUGACUUACGUAUGCCAUUCUUGGCCAUGGAAAAGUCUUAGUGGUCAAUCCUUCCGUUGAUCCCUUUAGUUUUGGAAUAAAUAGUCAAUGAAACAAUA